CUUCUUCUUAUUCUUGUACCUGCUCUGUGUAUAAACUGAGAAAGCGUCCACUCGUGCUUAACGUGCGCACCCACGGCGCAAUAAAUGGAGGCUCAUCACCCUUCCUUCGUGUCCAAAGCGAGAACCGCGUUUCAUUCUGCAGCUGCAAAAGCGGAGAAGGUUCUCAUGGACUUCAAAUCCGACCGAGAUUCUGAUAAGCAAUCUAACGACGAUUUGAGGAGGCAGCAGGGAGAUGAAUCUGCUCGGAAUGAGAGCGAAUCAAAGCUUCUCAAUGAACUGAAGCAUAUAAAGUGGAGACCUCCACAUAUAGGAAUAAAGCAGGAUUGGCAAGAUAGAAUUAAGAACAUUCGGAAAGGGAGAAAAGAAGUCGAAGAUACUAAUAAAGUUAGAGAUACAGACAUGGCUGGUGUUCCAUUUUAUGAUGAAAAUUUGUGCAUCCUGAAUGUGAAAAAUGAACUUGACGCCAAGGCUUCAGAAGCAAUUCCCUCGGUUGAAGGGUUAACUGCUGCUACCGCAGACCCCAUUCCUCCAUCGUCUGUCCUAAAGCAAUUGGCUAUAGCUUUUGAGGCUGGAAGGAAAACAAAUUCAAUGAAAGAUUUUGUAGCAUCAUCAGGAGGUUCUUCACCUGCCAGAGAGAGGGCAGGCUUAAAUCUCUCUGCAGUGAAGGCUUUAGUGUUGCGUGAAAAGGAGGACAAACUAACCUCUGAGUUAUGUAACGAUGAGAAAGUUGUGCAUUUGAUUAAAUCUCUGUUUGAUCCAGAGGAAGAGUUCCUUAGAAGGAAGAUCAACUCAAAUCCAGAGGAAACAGCCAUAAAAUCUUUACUAAGUGAUAUUCAUGGUGCUCCUCCUGAAAGCCUAGUUGUUAAGCUGGCUGAAGUAAUUGGAAACUUCAAGACCCUUCGAAAAAUGGCUCUUUUUUGGUGCAGGGUUGUUGCUGAACUGAGAAAACUUUGGUCUGAAGAAAAACAUUUACCUGGAGUCCCCCCAGAUGACAUUCCGGAUCUGAAGUCAUGUCUUCUGUAUCAGCAAUUUCAAGUAAUUAAUUGUUGCAUCUCUAGAAAAAGGCGCCAUGUUAUUGCCACCGAAUCUCUAGAAUCUAUGAUGAUGGAAGCCAAUCCAAAUACUUUAGAAUCAGCAAACAAUACUGACAGAAAUACUGCAAGCCCUUUAUUGUAUGCUAGAUUAAGUACUGGAGAGCUUGUUCUUCGACUUGGUGCUCAUUGCCCGUGUGGAGAUCUUACAUUAUUGGAAACUGGCGAGCCUGUGUACUCUCCUGUCACCCAGGAGGGACCCUUGCUUACGGAAGAUCUGAUCAAAGAGACGGAGGAGUUUGUGCUGCGGACAGGGAGUGUUGGUGCUGGGUGCUCUCAACUCCUCUCUGAUAUGCAAGCUUUCAAGGCUGCAAAUCCUGGUUGUAUUUUGGAUGAUUUUGUGAGAUGGCACUCUCCUCCCGAUUGGAUUGAAAGUGAGGCAAGUACUGAGGACAGUGAUUUUUUGGAUGGUGGUGAGUCAUUGUCUGUUAGAGGUCAACUAAGUCGGCGAAUGCGAAAAGAAGGUAAUUUGUGGCGUGAAUUCUGGGAAACAUCUAAACCGGUACCAGCUGUUAAACAGGCACCUCUGUUUGAUGAGGAUUUGGCAGUGGAGGGCAUCCUUGAUGCAUUUGAGGACAUCCAUCCUUCUGAGCUUUUUGGACAGCUCUUUGUUUCUAUACUUGGUUUAGGAUUUGCAAUUGCUGAACCUAUGCUGUCUGGUAACAUUGACUUCUCAAAGAUGUUCAAUGACUGCAAGGAGUAUGUAGUUGCCACUUGUCAAAGCAACAAUUUCAGUGAGAAAAUUGAUGAACUUGUUCAGGUUUAUGAAACAGUGGAGACAAUGUUGCUGAAUCCUGAGGAGGCACUGAAGAUGAUGAAGCAUACAGAAGAAUCAACUAUGAAUAAUGGUGAAUCAAAACGCCGGUUUAAGAAGCUCAGCCAUAUCUUUGGUGGCAAAGAUAGACUCAUGACAAGGCCUAUCAGACAUGAUCAGAUAAACAAUGAAGAAAAGCCAAUUGGACAAUCUUUUUCAAGUUUCUUUGACAGCAAGUCAUCUUUAUUUUCAAAGAAACCUCCUAAGCAUGGAAACCUAUCCACUGCUGAGAAACCAUCCUCUUUGGAAAGUGAUUGGACACUUGUUUAGGCAAAGUUCAGCUUUAGGAUAACAUAGCAUUUCUUUUUGUUUUCUCUCCUCCUCCUCCUCCUCUCACCCAGUCACAUAACUGUAAAUUAUUUUCUUUAUUCUGUUUCCAAAUGUUAAUUACGGAAUAUCAAAUCUUAAUGUAGGGUUCAUGUCUCUCG